ACACCAUCCGCCAAGUGAUAGAUCCCCCGCUCUGAUCCUUCCACGUGUCCAGCGCGCAGUGCGAGAAGCCGGCGGAAAGCAGGAGAAGCCGCCGAGUUCAUCGCUUCCUCUCCUCUGCAGAGGCCGUUCGGCCGUUCCCCUUUCAUUUCCUCCGCACCCACCUGCCCGGCGGGGAUGGCUGCUCCCUCCGCCGCCCUCUCCAUCUCCGGUGGGGCGCAUACCAGUGCAUUUGGCUGCAAGCCAAAGAAGUUGAUCUCAAACAGAAAUUACUUGCAGCUAGCAGCUCCCUCAAAUUCCCAAAAUGCAAAUCUUUAUGGGAAGUUGACCGUCUGCAGAGCAGAAAGUGAAGAUUCUAAAGGCGGGGGAGGAUUCUUGACUGGAUUUCUCAUAGGGGGAGCAGUCUUUGGAACGCUGGGUUAUGUCUUUGCUCCUCAGAUCAGCAAAACUUUAGAUACAUUGCUGAAUGACGAUGGGCAAGAUGGUAAGCCUGACGAGCAAGGCGUCCAAAGUGUACCAAGGCCACGUAAUGCUCAAUACUAUGAUGAAGGUUUAGAGAAAACUCGUCAGACACUGGGUGACAAGAUAAGCCAACUGAACCUUGCAAUUGACAAAGCUGCCGCCCGAUUGAAGCGUGUCACCGGCAGUGUCGAAAAAGAGGCUGUUAAAGAUGAAACCGAAAUUGAAAUAUCAACACUGGAUGAUAAUGGAGUUUUGGAGGGAAACUUGAGUGAACAGGGUUUUGUGCAAGGAGAAAGUGCAGCAUAAUGAUCAUAUCGCAUGGGUAGCAGCUUUGGCAGGGAGUAUUUCGUCGGGCAAACUGAUGGGUGCUCUAUUCAACUAACCGGCGACACCAAAAAUGAUUGCAAGUAGUUCGUUGGAGAUUUUUUUUUUCUGUGCUCAAGCUGUAUUGCUGUAGUUCUGUAUGCUCUGUCAUCGCCAUCAGCUCCAAAAACUUUCAUGAAAAUUGUGUAAUUUAGAACUCGCGAUCUAAAUAGCUGAGUGGCAUACGAUUCUCUCAAUCUGUUGUGUACUAGUACCACUAAUAGGCAAUGGUGUGUGACUGUGUGUGGUUUAAA